AUCUCGAGCCCUAGCCCAGCCAAAAGUCCAAGCCCGUAGGCCUGAAAUGGAUAUAGUUUUGUAUUUCCUUGUUUCAGCCCAACCAUUUGCAACCCUAAUCCAACCCGAAAUCACACAAUUAUUUUUCAUGAUUGUUCUUUCAAAAGCGCUCCCGCUCCAACCCUCCCAUACUUUCUCACAAGUUAAUCACUUUGUGUAACCUAAAUUUUGUCACUCCUACUUUUGAAUCAGCUCUCUCUCUCUCCUGCCAACCGGCCCAUUAACACAAGUAAUAAGAAGUCGACAAAAACUUCAAAUCAAACACCCUCUCUUCUUCAACCUCAAUUUCAAUAGCAAAUGUCACUCCAAAAGGUCCUACAAAACCUCAAAACAGCAAAAAAAUGUCGUCUUUCAACAAACUUCGAGAACCCAACAGAAAGAAGAAUUGCAGAAACCAUCAUCUCCACAACCCUAAACACUUCAACUUCCAAUCCCCUCCCAACCACCACCACCACUAUGCUCACCAGUCUCACUCCCAACAUGUUCCACGUAAUUCUCUCUUACCCACAUUUCGGAACCUCCAAGUGCCUUAAUUUCUUCAAUUGUCUCCUCAAAAAUCAAUCUUCAAUCUCGUUUAAGAUUGAUCUUAAAGCCCACUUAGCCCUAGUUUUCAGGCUGAUCGAGGCAAGGAAGUUCACAGAUGCCGAAGAUCUCUUGAGUUCUCUAUCAAUCGAUGAAAAUACCAGGUACCCUUUUUCUGAUAUAGCUUCUUCCGUUGAAUAUCACUGUAAUGAACGCAAAAUUGUUGCUAAAUUAUUCAAUUUGAUGCUCAAAGUUUAUUCGGAUAAUAAUAAGUUCGAACAGGCCUUAGAGACUUUCGAUUACAUGAAAAACAAUGGAAUUGAGAUAAAUGAGAGGACUUGUACUAUACAUUUGGUUGCCCUUGUAAGACAUGAUGAAGGGGAAUUGGGACUAGAGUUCUUUUAUCGAAUGCUCGAAUCGCGAAUUGAAGUUUCAGUUUAUUCAUUGACAGCAGUUGUUGAUGGGUUGUGUAAGUGUGGAAAGAUCAAGAAGGCCAGGGAAUUAGUGGAGGAGAUGGUGGGUAGAGGAACAAAACCCAAUAUCAUUACAUGUAAUGCAUUGGUAGCAGCAUGUGCUAAGAGAUGGAAUUUUGAGGAGUUAAUUGUUAUCUUGGCAAUGAUGGAAAGGGAAGGAAUGAACUUUAACACUAAGACAUAUAAUUUUUUAAUUGAUGGGUAUUUGAGCUCUGGGAAGAUUGAUGAGGCCAAAAGGUUGCUCUUAGAGAUGCAUGAUAAAGGUUUUAGGGUUGAUACCUAUUUCUACACUCAAAUUAUAAGUGGGUAUUGUAGGAUUGGAGAUCUUGAGAGUGCAUUUUCACUGUUUGGUGAAAUGACUGAGAAAGGCGUUGGUAAAACCGCGAACAUGCAUUCAACUUUGGUCACUGGCCUCUGUAAGGUUGGAGAUAUGGAGGCAGCAAAGAAACUUGUAGAUGAGAUGCAGAACAAGGGGUUGGAGUUGGACCAUGUGUUGUUUGAUACUUUAAUUGAUGGCUAUUGUAAGAAAGGGAUGAUAGAUGAAGCUUAUGUUUUGUUAGUUGUGAUGGUGAAGAAAGGAUUUAUUGCUGAUACAUCUGCUUGUAACAUGAUAGCUAGUGAGUUAUUUAAGUUGGGUCAGACUGAUAAGGCAAAGUGGCUGUUGAACAUUAUGGUGAAAAGGGGUGUGACUCCUGACUUGUCGAGAUUCACUCCUAUGCUUGACACAAUGAGAUUUUUUUGUGGAAUCGGAGGGGCUGCUUCUGGGGAUGGGGAAAAGGGUGCAACUUGUAAUACUGCUUCGUAUUCUGAUAAGAUAGAUAGGGAACAUGAAGGGAAAUAAAAAGCUUAGAGAUAAGAUCCAAGAUGUGAACUUCAUUUUUCAUAGAUUUGUAUCACUUUGAUGUGGUAAUCGUGUAUGUGGGAGGUGGAAAAUGCAUCAUAACUCUGUGAAAUUUUGGGAGACAUUCCUGGCAUUGUUUUCAGGCUAGCCAAAGGAAAGGAGGUGAGAGGAAGGACUGGAUUCUUUGAUUAGCCGUCAUAUGAACCAGUGAUUUCUUUGAUCUUGCGCGGACUUCCCUCUGCGGCCACUUGGUAUCUUUUGAACAAGAAGAAAGUUCUCAUAGUAUGUUGGCUUGAGUAUUCUUGGUAUUGUUGUACAAGCCAAAGCUGGAUAACUAGGAAAUUGUACACGUGUGAAAAUAAAAUGGUUCAUUAUCAACUCAUUCCUCAUUAAAGAAUAAAGAAUAGCUCUUUACCCUCACCAUUUCAUCAAAAGCCAAAACUUGUAAUGGCAGCUGUUUGAAUGAGUAACGACUUACGUUGAUGCUUGGAACUACAGUAAAAGUUACACCACAAGAUUUUUGGCAUCUAUUUAUGAUUCUGAAAUGCUAAGGUUAUUUUUUUUGUUGUGAUGAUGCAACUGAUAAGACUUCCAUUUGAUCAGAUUGGUUGUCUGAAGUUUCUUC